UAGUAGAUUCUAUGGUAUAUUAUCUAUGAAUGUUACAUCACAUUAUAUUUCUGAAUUCGGAAUUCGAUAUUCAAUUUUAGAGUUUUGCUGGAUUUUCUACUUUGCAAUAACCUAUUUAAAAUCAUCUCAAAAUGAGUGCCUGGAGACAAGCUGGCCUUAAUUACAUAAACUACUCCAACAUUGCCGCAAAGAUUUUGCGAAGAUCAUUGAAAGCUGAAGUCAGAACAGAAGCAUUACGACGUGAUGAGUCUCAUGUUCGUAUAACUCCUUGGGCUAAUGGCAAACCUGCACAUGAAAAGGAUUAAUUUUAUCUAUGUAAGACCUGCAAGCCAAAGCUGCAAAGUAGAAGAUUAUGAACAUCUGAGAAAAACAGUGAAUAAUUUAUUUAACAGGAAAUUUAUUAUAACAUUAAAUUAUAAUACAUAGCUUUACUGUAAUAAACAUUUCAUUUAAAGGUU